CACUAUCUUUGUAAUGAUAUAUUUAAACACUUACACGUUUGUGUCUGUAUUUUGACUUGCUUCUACCAAAAGUGAAUCUAAGUUCAGCGUUCACUUCUAAAACAGGAGAGCUGUAUUGUGGAGUUCAGCGAGUUAACCCUAACCUUAACUCAUGUCAUCCUUGGGCAUCCCUGUUAUGUGUACCUCUAACAAUGCAUUUUACAUAGCGGCAUCAAAGUAAGCAAUAAGUCCCGACAGUGUGGGUGGUGUUGGGCAGUUUUCCCCUGGAGGGUCUUAUUGCGCUUAGAAAAUGUCCAACUGUUAUGAAAAAACGACAGAAACAAGUUUUGUGUUUUAAAACUUGAACAGAGAAGUUGUAUUUAUGUUCAUGAUUAGGUGGCGCAAGGAUAUCUGUCCAGGUGAAAAGGCACUUCUGCCGGCACUUUUGAUUUCCUGGUUAGUCUAUUGAAAAUUAAUGUACCCCCCUGCCAAGGGUAUUCGCCAAUGAGAUGCCAGGAAUAAAAUGCCAAUUUUCUACAGCCAUGUAAUAAAGUGUUUUAUUUAGUACUUGGUGCAGCCUCUAGACGGCGAUCGAGUUCAUUGACGUGGCGAACAUGCCUGAGUCACCAACAGACGAGCGCUGCAGUGUUGCUGUAUGUAUGUAUGUAUGUAUGUAUGAUUGAAACACUAGCUGAGUAUGACUACCGGCUUGCAAGGGGCACCCAUAUUCAGAGAGAAUGGAUACCGUUAUAUGUAGCGGGCAAGUUUAACCACCACAUGAACGCAGAGGCAAGUUGAUCAGCUCGGCAUAGCUAGACGUGUUGAAAAAAUACUUUUGCGGUGGUUGUGAUUUUGCACAAAAACUGGAUCACAAAAAAGUCUGCCGAACUAUGGCAUAUCGUAUUUCUAAUAUUGUAUCCAACAGCCGUAUCGUGACUGGGCUUGUAGCGAAUUUGCUGUCUUCCAUCUGCAUCGUGUUUAUUAACAAAUGGAUCUAUGUGCAUUACGGCUUCCCAAACAUGAGCCUCACGCUGAUGCAUUUCGUGGUGACCUGGCUGGGUCUCUACGUGUGCCACAAGUUGGACGUCUUUGCCCCAAAAAGACUCCAGCCCACCAAAAUUAUCUUACUGGCGUUGAGUUUCUGUGGGUUUGUCGUUUUUACCAACCUCUCCCUUCAGAACAACACGAUAGGCACGUACCAGCUUGCCAAAGCGAUGACAACCCCCGUGAUCAUUGUGAUCCAGACCGCCUACUACAAGAAGACCUUCUCGACCAAGAUUAAGCUGACGCUGAUUCCUAUUACACUGGGUGUACUGCUGAACUCUUACUACGACGUGAAGUUCAACUUCCUGGGAAUUCUCUUUGCUACCCUGGGUGUCUUUGUCACCUCCCUGUAUCAAGUGUGGGUGGGAGCCAAGCAGCACGAGUUGCAGGUGAACUCCAUGCAGCUGCUGUAUUACCAGGCGCCCAUGUCCUCCGCCAUCCUGCUGCCCUGCGUGCCUUUCUUUGAGCCCUUCACUGGGGAGGGGGGGGUAUUCGGGCCGUGGUCUGUCCCCGCCCUGGGCAUGGUGCUGCUGUCUGGACUGAUAGCAUUCCUAGUGAACUUGUCCAUUUACUGGAUCAUCGGAAACACCUCCCAAGUCACGUACAACAUGUUUGGACACUUCAAGUUCUGCAUCACCCUGCUGGGUGGCUAUGCCCUGUUCCAGGACCAGCUGACCCUCAAUCAGGGCGUGGGGAUCCUGUGCACGCUGGCUGGGAUUCUGUCUUACACCUAUUUCAAGCUGAGCGAGCAAGAGGAAGGCAAGAGCAAGCUAGUGCAGAGGCCCUGAGCUCAGUGUGGCUUUAACAGCUCACGGGAAUGCCUGUGUCUCCAGCACAGGAGGAGGAGGAGGAGGAGGAGGAGUGGAAGAGUCUGAACAGAGGGAAUGCCUGUGUCACCAGCACAGGAGGAGGAGGAGGAGGAGGAGUGGAAGAGUCUGAACAGAGGGAAUGCCUGUGUCACCAGCACAGGAGGAGGAGGAGGAGGAGUGGAAGAGUCUGAACAGAGGGAA